AACGUCCAUGAAUUACUAAUUGACAAUUUAUAACAACAUACCAAUUUUGGUCUUUUAUUAAUUUAUUAUUAAAUUAAAUAAGCACGUUUGCAGUUACUUCAACUUUCUGAUAUUGGUACCACAGCGCGCCUUCUGCGAUUUCGCCGAUUUUAAAUUUGUUGAAAUAGGUUAGCAAUGACAAUAACAACCUGCCCCCAAAAAUGAAGCCCCUGACCGACAAAAACCUCACCACUUUACGCAAAUUCCUAAAAACCAGGAUCCUCAACAACACCGAGUUCGUAGGCCACCGCGAUGAGCGCCUGCAAGUGCGCGACCUCCUCCAGCGAACCAUUGAGUCAGGCGAGUCCAAUUCGGCCCUCCUGAUAGGCCCCCGCGGCUCCGGCAAGACCACGUUGGUUAGAGAUGUCCUCAAAGACCUGGACUUCAAGUCGGACGCCAUUCUGGUGCAGCUGCACGGUCUCGUCCACACCGACGACCGCCUGGCUCUCAAAAGCAUCACGUCGCAGAUGAAACUAGACAACGCGGUGGACGGAAAGGUGUUCGGGAGCUUCGCCGACAAUUUAGCGUUUUUGCUGGCUUGUUUGAAGUCCGGGCAACGGGGCACCGCCAAAAGCGUCAUUUUCGUUAUCGAAGAGUUUGAUUUGUUUUGUUCGCACCACAAUCAGACGUUGUUGUAUAAUUUGUUCGAUGUGUCUCAGUCAGCGCAAACCCCCAUUUGUGUCCUUGGUGUCACGUGUCGGUUGGAUGUUAUAGAACUUUUGGAAAAGCGCGUGAAGAGCAGGUUUUCGCAUAGACAGAUUUUUUUGUUUAUGGGGACAGACGAAACUAGGGGCCAGUCUAAUUUAGAAUAUAGAUUGGAACGCUUGAAGGCGUUUCUGUUAAUUCAUAACGACGAAACUUUAGAUGUUUCGGCUAGUUUUAAGAAAGAGUGGAACGCUCAUGUUGGUAGUUUGUUGAAAGAUAAAAAUUUUAAAUCUGUGAUGCAGAGACUGCUGGAUGUAGAUUUAAGUGAAAAGAGCUUGAAAAAUAUUCUGAUGGUUGUCGUGUCACAACUGGAUGAUACUAACAACAAGCUAACACAUCAGGCGUUCCUUGAGCAGGUACAACGUUUCGAGAAAGACGAAAUCGUUCAAGUUUUGCAAGAUUUGAGCGUCCUUGAGUUAACGUUGCUGAUUUCGAUGAAACAUCACUGCGAGAUAUAUGACAACCAACCAAUGAAUUUCGAGAUGGUGUACAACCGGUAUUUGAAGUUUGCUAAUUCGAACUCUAAUGUACAAACUGCUGAGAGACCUGUGGUGAUGAAGGCCUUCGAACAAAUACAGAAUCUCGAACUCGUUUCAAUGUUGGGGUCUGGGAAUAGCGGGAUACAAAAAGAGUACCAACUGUUUAAACUUCUACUAUUGCCACUACAACUAGCCGACGCUAUCAAGAAAACACCAGGGCUGCCAACUGAAGUCGUCCAAUACGCCAACAGUAGUUUAAUUUAGUCGAAAUUGUCGUAGUCGUCGAAAUCUUCAAUAUACACUUUCGCAGCUUUGUACAGAAA